GUGCCUUAUCUCUGUGAGGAGGUAGCACCAGAGGGCUGGCUUUCUCCUUCUUCUUUAUAAAGACCUUGUAGCCGAGAGCCUCUCUCGCUCUAACCACAGGGGGAGGGGAUGAUGCUGAAUCUGGGAGCACCUGGCGGGCAGAGCGCCGAGAUGGUCAAUAGUGCUCUAGGGCUGCUCCUCCUGGUAAGUAGCGCUGCAGUAGCCCUGGACAUCGAGUACCAGCCAGGUGAUCACUAUGGAACGGACGAGGCUGGAGCACAGGCGUUUGCCAGUGACUACAACAGCACCGCGGAGGGGAUAUUCUACAAGACCAAGGAAGCCAGCUGGAUGUAUAACACCAACAUCACGGAUUACAACUCGCAGCAGCAGAUUAAAGCCUCCCUAGAGGAGCAGGAAUACAGCGAGGUAUGGGGGAUGAAAGCCAAGGAGCUUUUUUCUGAAACUUCUAAAAACUUCACCGAUCCCCAGCUCCAAACGAUCAUUCGUUCCAUCUCAUCCCUGGGACCUGCUAACUUGAACCUUACAGAGCGAACAGAGUAUAACACCAUUCUCCGCCAGAUGGAUGGUAACUACUCCACUGCCAAAGUCUGCCCUCCCAACCAAUCCACAAACUGCUGGUCCUUGGAACCUGAUCUGAGUGACAUCAUGGCCACCUCACGGAGCUACAAGAAACUGCUAUACGCAUGGGAGGGCUGGCACAACUCUGCUGGAGUUCCAAUCCGGGAUUUAUAUCAGCAGUUUGUUAAACUCAGCAAUAAGGCUUUCAGGAUGGAUGGAUAUAAAGACACAGGAGAGUAUUGGCGCUCUUGGUAUACCUCAUCUACUUUUGAGGACGACCUUGAACAACUGUACCUACAGCUGGAGCCACUGUAUCUAAAUCUCCAUGCCUUUGUACGGAGGAAACUAUAUGAACGAUAUGGUGCAAAAUACAUUAACCUGAAAGGCCCAAUUCCUGCACAUCUCUUGGGUAACAUGUGGUCUCAGACGUGGAACAAUAUCUAUGAUAUGAUGAUUCCCUUCCCUGACAAGACCAAUGUAGACGUUACUAACACCAUGAUAGAAAGGAAAUGGAAUGCAACCUAUAUGUUCCAAGUUUCAGAGGAAUUUUUCACAUCACUGGGUCUGCUGGAGAUGCCCCCUGCUUUCUGGGAGAAGUCCAUGCUUGAAAAGCCAGCAGAUGGGAGAGAUGUUGUGUGUCAUGCCUCUGCAUGGGACUUUUAUAACCGCAAAGAUUUCAGGAUAAAACAGUGUACUAUAGUUACUAUGGAGCAGUUAUUCACAGUUCACCAUGAGAUGGGACAUGUAGAAUAUUAUCUGCAGUAUAAAGACAAGCCAGUCACAUUCCGCCGGGGAGCAAAUCCAGGAUUCCAUGAAGCCAUAGGAGAUGUACUGUCUCUAUCGGUGUCUACCCCACGCCACCUUCAAACCAUUGGGCUGCUGGAAAAUAUCACAGAGGAUCCAGAAAGUGAUAUUAAUUACCUCCUUAAGAUGGCUUUAGAGAAGAUUGCUUUCCUGCCUUUUGGCUACCUGAUGGAUCAGUGGCGGUGGAACGUAUUUAAUGGGCGUACCCCUUCCAGCAGAUACAAUUCCGACUGGUGGUAUCUCAGAACAAAGUAUCAAGGAAUCUGUCCUCCUGUGCCACGCGAUGACUCUCAUUUUGACCCUGGAGCAAAAUUUCAUAUUCCAGGCAACACCCCCUAUAUAAGAUACUUUGUGAGUUUUGUGCUGCAGUUCCAGUUCCACAAAGCACUAUGCACAGCUGCCAACCACACAGGCUCUCUGCACACAUGUGAUAUUUAUCGGUCGAAAGAGGCUGGCAAAAUGCUAGAGACUGUACUUCGUGCAGGGUCUUCAAAAACUUGGCAGGAGGUCCUGAAAGAUAUGAUUGGUACAGACAAAAUGGAUGUCGGGCCCCUGUUGGAAUAUUUCCAGCCUGUUACAGACUGGUUGAUAGAACAAAACAAUAAAAAUGGAGAAACACUUGGAUGGCCAGAUUUUGCAUGGACGCCACCCACUCCUGAUGGAUACCCAGGAGACAUUAAUAAAAACGCUAAUGAGCGAGAAGCAGAUGAUUUUCUAGGUAGAUACAACAGCACAGCAGAGGCUGUAUGGAAUGACUAUACAGAAACCUCAUGGGCUUACAACACAAACAUCACAGAUUACAACAACAAGAUUAUGUUGGAAAAGAACUUGGUUAUGAGCAACCACACACUGCAGUAUGGGUUGCAAGCAAGGAACUUUGAUUACAGUGAUUUCCAGAACCCAGAGACACAGCGUUUGCUGAAGAAGCUCAGUGACAUUGACAAGGCCGCACUGUCAGAAGAUGACCAGAAAAAGUACAACCAAAUAGUCUCUGAUAUGGAAGCGAUCUAUAGCAAGGCCACAGUAUGUAAAGACAGCAAGUGUGUGCCUCUGGAUCCAGAUCUAACUGAACUCCUGGCAAAAUCGCGAGAUUAUGAUGAGCUGUUGUUUGCCUGGAAAGGGUGGCGAGAUGCUUCUGGCAAAAAAAUGCGUGACCAUUACAAGUCCUAUGUGGAUCUGGGUAAUAAGGCGGCAGUAAUGAAUGGUCAUGGUGACAAUGGAGCAUACUGGAGAUCAUGGUAUGAGACCCCAACUUUGGAAACGGAUGUAGAAAAUCUUUAUCAUGAGCUACAGCCACUCUACCUCAAACUCCAUGCCUAUGUGCGCCGAGCUCUUUACAAGAAAUAUGGAGAACAGAAAGUAAACCUCAAAGGGCCCAUUCCUGCCCACCUGCUUGGUAACAUGUGGGCACAGUCUUGGUCCAAUAUAUAUGACCUUCUUGUACCAUAUCCCAAUGCAGCACAGGUUGAUGCCACACCAGCAAUGUUGAGUAAGAAUUGGACGCCCAAGAUGAUGUUUGAGGAAUCGGACAGGUUCUUUACCUCUCUGGGGCUCAUCCCCAUGCCCCCAGAAUUCUGGGAGAAAUCUAUGAUUGAGAAGCCAGUUGGCCGAGAUGUGGUUUGUCAUGCUUCUGCCUGGGAUUUCUACAACCGGAAAGACUUUAGAAUUAAACAGUGUACUGUAGUCAACAUGGAUGACCUCAUCACAGUCCAUCAUGAGAUGGGACAUGUUCAAUAUUUCCUGCAGUACAAGGACCUACCGGUUUCAUUCCGGGAAGGUGCUAAUCCUGGGUUCCAUGAGGCGAUCGGGGAUGUGUUGGCCCUGUCUGUGUCCACACCAAAGCAUCUCUACAGUAUUGGACUUUUGGACAAAGUUGAGGACAACCCAGAGAGCGAUAUCAAUUAUCUUAUGAGCGUUGCACUGGAUAAAAUUGCCUUCUUACCAUUUGGGUAUCUGAUGGACCAGUGGCGGUGGAAAGUAUUUGAUGGAAGGAUACCAGAUACAGAGUAUAACCAGCAAUGGUGGAACCUCAGGCUAAAAUAUCAGGGUUUGUGCCCUCCGGUCCUGAGGUCUGAAGAUGAUUUUGAUCCUGGAGCAAAAUUCCAUAUUCCAGCCAAUGUCCCAUACAUCAGGUACUUCAUCAGUUUUGUGAUUCAGUUCCAGUUCCACGAGGCUCUGUGCAAAGCAGCAAAUCAGACUGGACCUCUGCAUACAUGUGAUAUCUAUAAGUCUGCAGAGGCAGGAAAAUUGCUCGGAGAUGCCAUGAGAUUGGGUAAUAGCAAACCUUGGCCAGAUGUCAUGGAAGCAAUCACUGGGCAGCGGAAAAUGUCAGCUCAUGCCCUUCUUGAAUAUUUUAAGCCUCUUAUCGACUGGCUGGAUGAGCAAAAUAGUAAAAACGGAGAAACUAUUGGCUGGCCAGAGUACAAUUGGACUCCAGUUCCAUCGGUUUCCGUUGAGCCACUUCCACCACCAAGCACUGUAGACUUCCUGGGAAUGUCAUUGAACAAAGGGCAAGCAUCAGCAGGAGCAUGGGUCCUCUUGGCAAUUGGAAUAGUCCUGGUCAUAACUACCAUCUUCUUGGGUGUCAAGUACUCAAAAACAAGACGUAGAGCAAAUAAGUCCUCCUCUGAACUGGAGCUAAAAUAAGAUGGAUCGCAUCCAACUAGCAGAGUGCCAUCUGCGGGAAAAAGUCCUUCGCCAGCAUUCCAAAAAAUGGGGACACUCCGUGUAUGAGUUGCAUCAGGGGAAAUCUUGUUGACUAUGCAAAGAACUUCAUCCUUGGAGGAGCAAUCCACCAGCGCCUUCAAAACCAAAUUUUAAAGGCUGUACUUUUACAGAGGUGCUGAUGGGAAGGGAGGUUUGGGGUAACUGGGUAAAAAUAAAUUUGAUAAUCGAUUUGUGAUCAUGUCAGGGUUUUUUUCUUCAAUGGGAGCAAUAAAAUUAUUGUAUGUGGAAACUUUA